AUGAACCCCGUCGAAGACGGGAAUCGGACAAAUAAGGUAGAAGAUGACGAUGUUGCUAACGUCGAUAAUGACGAUACCCGGUCCCCCGAGGAUCAUAGCAACGACGAGGAUAACGACGGAGUGAGAGACAGAGGCAUUCUUCCCCGAGACAGACAGAAACGAACGCACAGCUACAACUAUGCAUACGAGAAAUCCAUGAGCCAUGCCGAAGCGAAACUCUUCUAUCAAAGACAUCAAGAGGAACAGCAAGCUGCAUCACGGGGUGGUGGGGUUGGUGGUGGUUACGAUGGAGGAGAUCAAUAUAAUUCUUCCCGGGGUAGUCCGGUCUUGUCACACCAUUCUGUUCCUGUGAGGGCCACAACCGCGGCGGGCGAUGAUGUACCUCCCAGUAUGACUGCAAGCACUGGCUCUCUUAAAAGCGGUGCCGGCUUUGCUUCGUCGACUAGCCUCCAUGGCAUUGGGAACAACCAAAUGGCUACAACAGAGACAUCUACCGCCCACUAUCAGAACCCGAUAUUCUCGCGAAUGCACGAGGAUAGCGUGCUAGCGGCCGAUCAUUCGGCUAGAAAUCACAUGUUACAACCGAUUAUGCCUCAAACCCAUCAGUCCUCAUCUACUGAGGUCGGAGGAGCUACAUACUCAUUGCCUGCACAAGGGGUGUAUGGAGUUGGUGGUGGAACAGGUGGAGGCAUGCAACAUGGUAUGGAAGGAUUCCUACCAAGUGAUGAUGCUGUCAACGCCGAAUUGGAAAUCGUCUGUCGCAAGAUCCAGAAUCUGCUAGAUCGGAGACACAAGUACAUGCAACUCUCGUUGCAGGCACCUAGUUGCAAUCCCAAAGAUUCGCCGGAGUGGCAGAUAUAUCCUCCACCUCCAGAGCCAGUGUGGGAUGCUGAAAAAGAGCGGGCCAAAGCGGCAGCUGAAGAGAAUGGUGUUCCUAACGGAGGACAACAGGAACAGGAAUCAGAGGCAUCACGCACUCGGAAGAAACGUAAAAUGGGUCAGGAUAUCGGUGAAGACUUUGAUAUAAAUGAACUGCUUCCUUUACCCGGAGCUUCAAGGCAAGUGUUCGAGUUCGAUUCUUCCAGCGUGUACCAAGUGUACGAGAAUGAAGACGAGAAAGCAAAACGAAACCCAAUUGUACAGAUCCCAUCUCUGAGAGAUUUUUACAUGGAUUUGGAUGUGGUCUCUGAAGUGUCUACCGAUGGACCCGUCAAAUCGUUUGCGUUCAAGCGUUUGUCUUAUCUCGAAGGAAAGUUCCAGCUUCACACUUUGUUGAAUGAAUAUCAGGAGCUUGCAGACAGCAAGAAAGUCCCACAUAGAGAUUUUUAUAACGUUAGGAAAGUGGACACGCACGUGCAUCAUUCAGCUUGCAUGAAUCAGAAACAUCUCUUGAGAUUUAUCAAGAGCAAGAUGAAAAAAUCGCCUGAUGAAGUUGUGCUAUUCAGGGACGGGAGACAUCUGACCUUGAAAGAGGUCUUUGAGAGUAUCAACCUGACGGCCUAUGAUUUGAGUAUUGAUACACUUGACAUGCACGCACACAAAGAUUCCUUUCAUCGAUUUGACAAGUUUAACUUGAAAUACAAUCCCGUCGGAGAGUCUCGUCUUCGUGAGAUCUUCCUGAAGACGGAUAACUUCAUCAAGGGCCGAUAUCUUGCUGAAAUCACGAAAGAAGUUAUUUCCGACCUGGAAUCAAGCAAAUACCAGAUGGCUGAAUGGCGUAUCUCGAUCUAUGGGCGGUCAGUCGAUGAGUGGGAUAGGCUGGCUGCAUGGGUCGUCGACAACAAGCUGUUUUCGCCCAAUGUUCGCUGGCUUAUCCAGGUUCCCCGUCUCUACGAUGUGUACAAAGCGAGUGGCAUGAUCGAGAACUUUGAGGGUGUUAUCAAGAACGUCUUCCAGCCUUUAUUUGAAGUAACCCAGGACCCCAACAGCCAUCCAAAACUACACAUAUUUCUACAGCGUGUCAUUGGAUUUGACAGCGUGGAUGACGAAAGCAAAGCAGAACGCCGACUCUACAAGAAAUAUCCUAUUCCUCGAGACUGGAAUACGAAGCAAAAUCCUCCUUACAGCUAUUGGAUCUAUUUCAUGUUUGCAAAUAUGGCGUCGCUUAAUGCAUGGAGACAACGUCGUAGUUUCAACACCUUUGUGUUAAGACCUCACUGCGGUGAGGCAGGAGAUCCAGAUCAUUUGACCGCUGGUUUCUUAGCCUGCCACAGUAUCAGUCACGGAAUCCAUCUUCGAAAGGUUCCACUGUUGCAGUAUGUCUACUAUCUUGAUCGGAUCGGUAUUGCAAUGUCACCACUGAGCAACAACGCAUUGUUCUUGACAUACGAUAAAAACCCCUUUGCGAGCUUUUUCAGAAAGGGGCUGAAUGUCUCCCUUUCUACCGAUGAUCCGCUCCAGUUUGCCUAUACGAAAGAACCAUUAAUGGAGGAAUAUGCUGUUGCAGCGCAGAUUUACAAGCUUAGUGCGGUGGAUAUGUGCGAGUUGGCCAAGAAUUCCGUCGAUCAGAGUGGAUUUGAACUUGCACUUAAGCAGAGAUGGCUUGGUCCUCAGUGCUAUCUGCCUGGUGUUGCAGGUAAUAACGUGGCGAAGAGUAAUGUUCCUGAUCUCAGAGAGGCGUAUAGGUAUGAAACAUUACUUGCUGAACUGUCUUUGAUUGAGAGAUAUGCAGGACCGAGAAAUCUGCCUCGAGCAAAGGGUGCUCCCACAGAACGGGGAACUCCUAUAUCAGCAUCGAUUGUUUCACUGAACAAUGCACUGGGUAAUGAUAGAGCAACUUCAGGCCAGGACCCUCAUGCAUUUACAACCUCUGCCACGACUACCACAACGGCGUCAGUCUCUCAAAGCGGAUCUCCCGUCAUACAGCCUCGUGCUUUGGGACAGUACCACCGCAAUCGCCCAAGUAAUUCCUUUUCCCAACACAGUGCUCUGCUCCCAGAACCCGUAUCCCCAGAAUUAAUCUCUUCGUCACCAUCCCUAGCCACAACAGGGGGAAAUCUACCAGAACAACGGAUCAUACCGGGUUUAGUUCAUGAAAGAACAAGAAAAGGGAGUAAUUACUCCUUAUCCUCAUCAGGAGCUGUCACGGCUGCUACCAGGGCGGAUCUAUUGCAUUCGCAGUCUCCGUCGCAGUCACAGGCGGUGUCGCCGAGGAGAUUCGAGACUGAUACAGGGGGUGAUGAAUCGGAUUAUGGCGUUGUUUGAUUGGUUUCAACAUCUGGAGUAGAGAUAUCACUGCGAAAGACACAAGCGGUUUCUACUCUGGUUAGUCUGCUAUCAGGCAGUCAUGUUAUCACUUAUAUAUUUCGUCCAAGUACAACAAUGAUUAUGGUACAUCACCGUCAUGCAAGGAUACCCUCGAAGUUAAUGUUUUGUGCAAUAGAUGUCCCUAUAAUGUGUACUUUCAGCGGUGCGUGACGGAUAUAGUGAACAAUUCAUACCUAAGUAUCAAAAGACUCCAUUAUUAAUCUCAUCAAUGGUCUCAUAAAUAACGUAUAUGCGCUGUGUAUACACCAUGACUUAUAUCCCUCAAACACCCAGUGAAUACUCUUCCCGGUGACAAUCCAAUUUAUGUACUAAUACACCAAGCCCUCACUUUAUCAAACAAUCUUUGGCGGGGAGUGGAUUUUGUUUCGUCCAUUUCUAUGUCUAAAUCGCCCAACUUCCUCUCCUCUCUAUGACUCCCCACGCGUCAAGCUCUUCGUCAUUAAAAAUUCCCGUUCCAGACUGUUGUCUAGCCCAUUCGUGUAUAUAUAGUUUCAAUGCUUUCCAUCGCAUGCAGUUCUCAGGGGUUGCAGAUGUGUUACCGUUCUUGUCCGAAGUAACACAGACAACAUACCCUUUUGCAUCGGCGAGGAGGUCAUCUUUUCUCAGGUCUGAGACUGGUAUACCAGAUAUUUUGCUCAAUUCAUGGUCAAAGUAGCGCGCUAAGGAUGGGUAUCCCAGUGAUAAAUAAUUGUAGACCUGGGUUACGAAUCCAUCGUGAAACUCACGCUCUAUGGCGUUAUCUUCAUCAGGCUCAACAUCCAUUGCAUCCAAUGGAUCAGAAGACAUCUCCGAGAUGUCCGACACAGAUAAAACUUCAUCAUCAACCAUGUUAUCACUGUCAAAAGUGGACCUCAAACCAGAAGCAGGUCUUGGAGUGGCAAUCCCGGUUCUAGUACGGGGUAAAUGUGAAUCUUCUUCGUCCUCUCCAUCUUUGAGGCAGAGACCCAUCCAUAGACCCGGCGUUUCUUCAUGCUCGGCGUGCAUAUGAUCGGUCCAGAGACCGCCUCCAUGGUCUGCGUCACCUGCGGUCUCUGAAUCCGUAUGGUUAAUAUGCAAAUGGUCGGUUUCGGUGGCGGUCCCCUGAGGAGACACGCUGAAGGGGAAGACAAUGUCAUCACCAAGCAUUGGUGGACUAGCUGCAUGUCGCAUCUGGACCAGUUCGAUAUCUCGCCGCCACGCAGGGAAAACGGCGGCUUCGUUUUCUGGUAUCUUCGGUUGUCUGGAAGCUAUAGCGGCAGCUGAAAAUUUCGACUCAUGAGCGUCAAUUUUCUUGACGCCAAGGUUCUUCAUCUCAGCUUUCUCCUUGUGCCGUCGCAUUUGCUCCAGUUCCCAUGGCAAGUCAGCGGUUGAUCCGCGACGAAGCAAGGGACGUAUCCUGCUAACUAUCUGUGGCUCGACAGCCAUGAUCUCGUCGUCCUCAUUCCCGAACUCUUCGUCGCCGUCAAUGGCGAAAUGAGCGACUGGUUGGUGGACUUGUUCAUUUGGGAAUGCUGCCAACGCUUGGUCCCGAAGCUCCUUUUCGGCACUACGUGCUGCCAGUGAGAGAAGAUAACCAGAAAAGCGCUCGUCACAGCUUUCUCUAGAUCGGGUCUUUGCUAUGAAUCGAUUGCGGGUGCUGCCUUCUGACGAGUCCGACGGUGUGGUAGAUAACGACGGUGUUCCAGAAUCAUCUGAGGAUUCACUACUAUUCGAUGGAAUAGCGGGCAGAUCCGGAACACGAAACGAAUGCCGUCUGCCCU